UGUAGCUCGAAGGAUUUGUUAUUAUCUACCAGUCUUCUCAAUUUGUUGUUGGAUCUUCUUGUUUCCUCAAACUCUCACUGAUCUUGAGGAGAUGUUUCUUGAUCUCAAGGGUAUCUUUAAGGUUGAAUUUGUUCUUCCUUUCUUCAAAAUUUUUAAAAAUUGUCGUAAUUUUGCACUCCUCUGCUAGUUAAAUUAUAAAGAUUAAAGAAAUUUUCUUAUUCCAACUUACUGUCUUCCAUGUAAGAAUCAUGCUCGAUUGGCACAGGUUCUUUGAUAUCGUCCAUUUCAUUAGUUUAUUGGUGAUCGCCCAUGAUACCAUGGGGAGCAGAGCCAAGGACAUCCUUCCUCAUUCCAGACUGCUGAUUCUUUCCACGAAUCUUGGUCUCUGAAGCAUCUUGAGAGGUGCCCAAAGAACUAGAGGCAAACCUUUUUUAUUUUCAGGUUUCUGAUCCACAACACCUACAACAUUGACUGCUCUUCUGUGAUCAGACAUUUGUAGAUUGCGCAUCCCUGCUGUAACAUGAACAGGUUUGCAAUUACGCCUGGAGGCAUUUUUUUCUAAUUCAAGGUUUCCAUACUUCUCUCCUUAUAAUCUAUCGUCUCGAGUCUAUAGACUCCCAUCUUAUAUCUGAGGCCUCGAAAGAGCCUUCAGAGCUAGGCCCUGAAUCUCAUUAUGUUUAAACUCACAAAAAUACCUCACUGAUAUGAAGCUAAAUUCUGGAUAUAGAAAUUAA